AUGUAUGUCAAUGGGAGUGACGACGCAGACAUGUCAGCUUUUGGAGAGGGCUUUGCUUGGGAUCCAGCCUCACUGACAGUGUUUGUAGGAGACACUGUGUGUUGCCACCCGAGUUCCACCGAACCUGACGGAGCAUUCAGCAGUGGGGACACAAAGACUGCUGAAGGGCACUUCAGGUACCGUUUCGGUUCCCCCGGUGUAAUUUACUACAGCAGUGGAUUCAUCGAUAACAACAACAGGAUGCUUCAGGGCGUCGUCAAAGUCCUGCCUCGAGAAGACAAGAACAGCAGAGUCUCAGUCCAAGUUGGAGGCGUGGAAGCCCGACAUGUGACCGCCGGUCUAAACCGUGUUUCCCGUGCCACGCCACAGUGCGUUGCUACAUCACAUUGUAAUCAUCCCAAUCAGACCUCACAUGGUGUUACCUUCAGCCUCGCAGCCUGCUCCACCCCCACAGUCCACUCCAUCUCACCCAACCAGGGCUCGUACCACCACGUCAUCAACAUCCAGGGCCAACGCUUCAGCAACGUGUCCUGUGCCAAUGAGGUGAUGGUGGGAAACGCGCCCUGUCAUGUGAUCAACAGCUCUUAUUCUGAAAUCAACUGCCGUCUCAGUGUCGACAGCGGGCUUCCCAUCGGCCUCGCACACCCCGUUACCCUCAGAGUUAACAACGUCGGUGACGCCAUCAUCGCCGUGCAGGAGGAGCUCCACCGCCGUUUCGUUGUGCUGCCUGUGGUCGACUCAGUGUCGCCUCCUAUUGGUAGUCCCACCGGCCACACCAGGGUCCACAUCCACGGCUCCGGCUUCUCAGCGGGAGACGUGACUGUAGCUGACCCUGCGACGUCAUCUCGGUUAAUUAUACGAACAUUAUUUGUGACACGUCCCCAUCUCAGCCCACUGUCGCAUCUCCCCGAUACAGUCAACGGGUCAGGUCCUGUAACCAUCACAGGAACAGGGUUUGGUAGUGAAGUAGAUGAUGUAGAAGUUUUUGCCGGUGCUACAGAGCUGCAGGUUAUACAUUCAACCGACCACAACCUGACAGUCAGCGUAGACGAUCUACCUGCAGGCACACACAUGGUCACAGUGAUAGUGAGAAGCAAAGGCCUCGCUUCAGGUGCUGUUAACCUGGAAAGCGUCCCUUACGCCACCCUGAGUCCAGAUGUGGGCAGUCUGGCAGGAGGAACACCUUUGUUUUGA